UUACCUUUUCAGUUUACUCCGUUUUUUUUAUGUUUUGUGAGUUUUCACCCUUUCUCUCUCCCCAUCUCUCCUGCAUAUUUGCUCUGGCCAGCUCUUGGACUCUAACAUUUUCUGAAGAAACAAAAAUCAAAGCAUAUCUACAAUAUGUAGGAGGGGUAGAGCUCUCUACCAUGUGGUGAUGUGGAAGCUGAUAAGAAUAUCUACAAUAUUACCAGUUGCACAGAUCGCAUCUCACUCCUCUACUAGUUUCAGUUCAUUUCCACAGUUAAAAGGCAGAGCCAGAAGUUUAUUUGCUCCCAUUAAAUGUUUUCUUCUAUAUUGAUGCUGGCAUAUGGAAAAGAAAAACAUGAAUGAAGAUGGUAAAGAGAGGGAAUGCAAAUUCUGGUAUAUAAAUGAGAACUUUGAACCAUCAGAAGGCAAUAGUUUGUCUGGAAGUUUAGUUAAAAGUGUUGAUCUAAGGUGGUUCCUUAACAAUUUUCGUAGUUUAGAAAAUAAGCUUUCAAAGCAUAUCACAAGCUUUGAUGAAAGAUUUUUACUUUGUUGCCUUGAACUUAUACGCGCUCGAGCAUCUAGAGUAGCCUCUAUUAAUUUCUCCCCAGAUAUGGAAGUUUUAUCUGAUGGUUUGGAGUCAAGACAAGUUAGUGACAUCUGGAUGAGCAAUAAGACUGAUUUGGUUGUUGAGUGUUCUCUAGCAGAAGCUAAUGCUGAAAAUGCCAUCAUGAAGUCAACUGAAGAUUGGAUUGUUGGUUCAAUUACUGGUAGUAAGAGUAUGAUAAACAUACUAAAGAGCCCUUUACUUAACAAACCAAUUAGAUCACUCGAUUUUAAAGAGCCAACAUAUUCUGAUUGGACAAGUUCUUCUUGCGGCUUUAGUACUACUAGUUCGUCCAUACAUAGAAAACAUUAUUCAAUGUCAACUACAAACUCUAGCUGCUCAGAUCAGUCAUCUUUUGUAGCUUCUGUUAUUUCUCAAGGCAUGCUCCAGAUCACGUGGACAAAUGGUUUGCCACAUUUUGUUUUUUCUAUGGAUGGUAAGAAUGAGGUAUACGUGGCAGAUGUGGUCAAGGUCAACUCUUCUGAUGAGAAGUGUUUCGGUUAUUUGUACACAUUUCGUAAAAAAACUCAACCAGCUAUUGUUGGUAAAAUGACAGUUUCUACUUCGUUCAAACUCUCUCCAAAUAAGUCAGAGUUUACGGAGACCCUGUUUGUCAUGUAUGGUUUUGGCGUUGAUUGUUCAGAUAAUUCAUCAUCUCCAGACCAUAUUCACAGAAAGAACAAAAAACUGUCAAAGAAAGUGGUUGAUGUGUUUAGGCCUGGACACUCACAUAAGCAAAGAAAAACUUCAAAGUUCAGUGAAAGAACGAAUGCAAUUCUUGAAGAAUAUGCGUUGGAUGUCUGUAGUAAGCCUGACUUGGGUGGUAUUAACCAAGAAAACCAUCUUCCUACUAACUUUGAGUUGGCUGCUAUAGUUGUCAGAAGCUAUCUUCAUAAGAAGGCAGGAAAUGGAGGAGGAUGGGGCUUAAAGUUUCUAAAGAAACCAAGGGGUGGGGAGAAAAUUACAUGUUUAGAGACCCCUAUACAUGCUGACGUUCCUUAUCAUAUUAGCAGUGUUGAAUGCUCAACCACGACAAAUGUUUUAAUACCAUCUGGUUUUCACGGUGGACCAGUAGCCCGAGAUGGUGGCCCUACUAGCCUGUUGGAAAGGUGGUCGUCUGGGGGGCACUGUGACUGUGGAGGCUGGGAUGUUGGUUGCCCUCUGACAAUUCUCAACAUUAGACAAAAUAGAAUUGAGGAUUUGUCUCAAGAAGUCAAUGCAUCUGGAGAUUGCAAGACUAUUGAUCUCUUUGUGCAGGGUUCGAGACAAAACGCACCCAUAAUGAAAAUCGCAAACAUCCACGAUGAUUUAUUUUAUGUUCACUUUGAACCAAACUUGUCAGCUCUGCAGUCUUUCGCCAUUGCCGCUGCAAUCAUUCAUAGUCAUGAACCUAUAUUUCGGUCCAAAAUGUACAGAAGGUGAAGGAACAACAAAAAGAUUCAGCUUCUAAGGCAUAGAUAAUACUACGUAUAUGGAUAUUCAUUUUGUACAUGAAUUUGCAUCUGAUGCAAGUUUGAUUUCUUUUUUGUUUGGGUUAUUUCACCAAAUUGUAGUUAAGUCUUGUUUAUACUGUCUAGAUAAUAUAUAGAAUUCCUUUGCUCCAAUUGAUGAAGGUGUUUAUACCGUGUAAGGUCGGCGGUAUAUUGAAAGGGGGAAGUUUGCUGAGUUUUUUUUCCCUAAUCAGUAAGCUAGCAUCAACAAGAUGACUUAUGAAGGUGGAGAAGAAACAAAAAUGUCGUUUUUUCAGCCCCACCUUGCCCGCCCCAACACAGAAGAGUGGUUGCACGAAAGGGAUGUCGCUAGCGAGCGCAAAGCGGCAGCGGAUGUCAUCAACCAAGAUUACCUUCCAUCGUGCAAUUUCAGUCUCGUAGAUGGACCAUACGUGAAGAUUAUUCUGAGUGGCAAGUUUUGGCAUAAACGUUCCACUGUUUUAGAUAGGAUUGGAAAUUACCUAAAGCAAAGAUUCCCCGAAAUCCUAGAGGUUGAUAUAGAAGAUGAGCAGCAGUUGGAUGAUAGCCCUGAAAACUUUUGAUUCUCUUUGAGAUGAGGCAGCACUGACCCUUCCCAGUGGCAUCCCAUCAAACUGAACCACCUACUUGAGCUUCCAAAGCUUUGAAAUAUUUUGCAAUUGUUAUAUCAUCGUCAUCCUUUACUGUGUUUAAGUACAUCACAACAUUAGUAGGGUUUUGGCCUCCCCAACUAAGAGACAGACCACCGGGUACCUCAUUUUCGCAUCAUGGCAUUCUUUGGAGUGGGCUGUGGAGUGGUUCAUAGGGCAGGAUGCGAGAUUCUACUUUUGGAGCAAGUGCAACAGUAGUAGCCGUGGAUUAAUGUAAUUAGAGUAUCAUCGAUGAACUCUUCUUAUCUUAGGUCAACAAGUCGAGCAGAAUAUUGAAUGUAACAAGGCAAGUGUGAAGAUACCUAAUCUUGCAUCAUUGAUUGUCCACUCUCGGAAAUUCACGAGGAGAAGGAUGGUUAUUACUUUUGGAAAUUCACGAGGAGAAGGAUGUUUAAGCACAAAUUGAAGUGCUAGAAAUUGCAAGUCCAGGGAAUGUAGUGACAUCCCUAAAUAAUCUCAUCAGUCAUCACGAAGGCACAUUGACAAAAAAUUGAGUUUAAAUGAAGUUGUGACUAAGCCCCCCCCAUCCCCAAAAAAACUUAAGAUUACUAAACUAUAUGUUCUUAUUUUG